CCGGCAGCCGGCCCUGUCCUUCCGCGGCCGCCGCGUUCCGGCGGCACCAUGAGAGCUGAACAUGUUCUCUGCCAGGAAGUGGUCUGGAGUUUUCAGAGCUGCCAGACUGCAUCAUUUCAGAUCCCAUUCUGUAUCCAGAGCCUCUCCAAACUUGACUUUCGUGCCAGCCUGUCUUCCCCCAGAUCCCGUGGAAGUGGAGGAGCUGCAGCGCUUUGUUUCUAGCUCCAAGAGGCUGUUUGUGAUGACUGGAGCUGGAAUCUCCACGGAGUCGGGGAUCCCCGAUUACCGCUCGGAGGGCGUGGGGCUCUACGCCAGGACGGACAGACGGCCCGUCCAGCACGCCGAGUUCAUCCGCAGCGCCAGCGCCCGCCAGCGCUACUGGGCAAGGAACUUCGUGGGCUGGCCCCAGUUCUCCUCCCACCAGCCAAAUAAGGCACACUUGGUACUGAGAGACUGGGAGAAGCUGGGCAAGCUGCACUGGCUGGUGACCCAGAACGUGGAUGCCCUUCACACCAAAGCUGGGAGCCAGCGCAUGACGGAGCUGCACGGCUGCACGCACAGGGUUUUCUGCCUGGCCUGUGGAGACCGAAUCUUGCGUUCUGAGCUCCAGGAGCACUUUGAAGCUCUGAAUCCCGCUUGGAAAGCUGAGGCACUUGAUGUGGCUCCGGAUGGGGAUGUCUUCCUGACGGAUGAGCAGGUGCGCAGUUUCCAAGUCCCAGCCUGCCAGAAAUGUGGUGGAAUCCUGAAGCCUGAUGUGACUUUUUUUGGAGACACUGUGAGCCAGGAAAAAGUCAGUUUUGUACACCAACGCCUGGCAGAAUCAGACUCCAUGCUAGUAGCAGGAUCCUCUAUGCAGGUGUACUCUGGUUACAGGUUUGCUCUGGCUGCCCGGGAGAAGAAGCUCCCAAUUGCAGUCCUUAACAUUGGCCCCACCAGGUUAGAUCACUUUGCAUCCUUAAAGCUGAAUUCCCGCUGUGGAGAGCUGCUGCCUUUGAUUGUUUGCACAUGACCCAACCAGCUGAGCUUCAGUAGCUAUCAGGAUGAAAGUUAUUUUUACAAGGACUCAUCUCAGAAAGGGGAAAACUCCAAGAGGCAGCUGUGAGGUCCAGUGCUGAGGGCACCAGGAGAGGGCAGCAAGCCUCGCACAUAUCAGCCUCACCAGUUCUCUCUAUUGAAACCAUCUCAACAUAUCAGGAAGCAGAAUAAUGAUAAAAAAAAAUUACUUUUCUGCCUUACCUUGCCAUUGCAAACAGUGCCUUUUCAUUUAUUGGGACAGAGUAAUUGGACUACCAUGUGUGAGGACAAAAUACCUUUUUAAUAAUUGUCCCCAGAGGGGAAGGGUGGGGACAGGGAUUUUAACCAGGCAAUUUGAGGCUGUAGCACAGGAGGGCGAUGUGGGAAAGCAGGACACUGCUGGGGGAUCCAGUGUCACUGGUGGGAUACUGUAGAGUGUGCAAAGAGGAAAAGGAGGCAAGAGGAACUGCAGUUGUUACUUAAAAGGAAAAAGGUUCAAAAUAGAAGCUGAACAAGAACACUGCUCUUGUGGAUUAUUUAGAAGCACAGGCUAUAAGGCUGACAUCCUCCAGCAUGGAGGGGAAGUCAGCAUUUUUCUCAACUGUCAGUUGACAAGCUAAACUGCUUCCAAUCUGACCCCUUUAAAGUUAAAUAUUGUUAAGAUGCCAGAGGAGUUACUUUAAGCUAAUCUGACGAGCACUACUUUCAGUGAGGCUGCUACAUUUUCCAGAAUGCAUUUUUUGAAGGUGUUACUUAAUUAAUGAAUAGUGAAUGAAUAAAUUAAAAUUGUUUAGAAG